UCUAGGGAUAAGGGCGGUGCGUUGAGGGGACGUCAGUUUUGUUUUUAACCCAGACAGCCUGGGAACACGAGGAAGGAGAGGCGGCGCUCGCUCUCAGCCGGUGUAUGUGCGGCAACAACAUGUCUUCACCCUUGCCUGCCAUAGUGCCUGCCGCUAGAAAGGCAACCGCAGCGGUUAUAUUCCUUCAUGGUCUUGGAGACACUGGGCAUGGCUGGGCUGAAACAAUGGCAAGCAUAAGAAGUCCUCAUGUCAAAUACAUCUGCCCACACGCGCCCAUCAUGCCAGUUUCUUUAAACAUGAACAUGGCCAUGCCUUCAUGGUUUGACAUAAUUGGAUUGUCUCCCGAUGCUCAAGAGGAUGAUGCUGGUAUCAAAAGAGCUUCAGAGAAUAUUAAAGCAAUAAUAGACCAAGAAGUGAAGAAUGGGAUUCCCUCAAAUAGAAUCGUUUUGGGAGGAUUUUCUCAGGGAGGAGCCUUGUCGUUAUACACAGCUCUUACAUCCAAUCAGAAGUUAGCUGGUGUUCUCGCACUGAGCUGUUGGCUUCCACUGAGAUCUUCUUUCCCUCAGGCUGCUGCUAAUACUGCCAACAAAGAUGUAUCUAUUUUGCAAUGUCAUGGAGACUGUGAUCCACUGGUUCCCCUUGUAUUUGGUUCUCUAACUGCUGAGAAGCUAAAAACUAUAAUAAAUCCAGCAAAUGUAAAUUUCAAGACUUAUUCAGGAUUAAGUCACAGUUCAUGCACCCAGGAAAUGACAGACGUCAAACACUUUAUUGAAAAACAGCUACCUCCAGUCAACUGAAGUCUUCUAAAUGCCUUCUUGCAUUGUUCACCAGCAGCAGUCACUAUCAUUUAUAUCUUUUCACCAACUUAUCUUAUUUUUGGAAAAGGAGACAAAGGUGUAAAAGAAGCAUUAAACAUACUGCAUAUGUAUUCAGAAAAUGUUCUAAGGAUACCUAUGAGCAUAGUAAAUAAUAUUCAUUUUAUAAUUAGCUGACUGUUUGCUUAACAGCAUAAGGGCGAUGUAACAAUUGUGGAAGAGACCCUUUUGAACUAUCUCAGAGUUCUGUCCAGUACUCAAGGAGGUUAUACUUACAUUUCGAUUAGGUCACAAAUUACGCACCCCCUCCCAACAAAUCAUUUGUGCCCUUUUCUAAUUGCCAUAAAUGUAUCAUUUGAAUUACAUAAAAACUGAUCAUUUAAAUUGUUUCUAAACUUUGCCUGGUAUAAUAUUUUCGUGUAAAAAGUUAUAGCUAUAUUAAAAAAAAUAAAAAAAAUAAUAAAAAGUUGCCUGAUGCAUUAUGAGACUGAUAUGAUUAAAUCUAUUGUGGAUGUAUAGUUUGCACAAACUGCAUCAGAAACCUUCAUAGUGUGUACCCCUGACAAAUAGUUAUGGUGGUUCUUUGUAAACGUAUGUUUGACACUCAGGGGCCUAUUUAUCAAGGGCCGAAUGGCCCCCGAUGCCCCUGUUUCCGAGCAAAACAUCAGUUAUGCUGUCUUGAGACCACUGCUCCUUAACUGGUCCGCUACCUCUGAGGCUGCUAACAUCAAUCCAUUUGAUCGUGUACGAUCGGGUUGAUUGACACCCCCUGCUAUUUGGCCGCAAAUCUGCAGGGGGCGGCAUUGCACAAGCAGUUCACUAGAGCUACAGCAUAUCAUGUCUGCCAGACUUUGAUGAAUCGGCCCCAUAGUCUGCUUCCAGCUGUAAUAUUAGGAAACCUUAAAACCAAAGGAAGUUGUGCGCUUAAGGAGAGCUAUUAGAAAUAUUUGUACCAAAUAAGGACCAGCUCACAUUUUUAAAUAUUUUAGGCAUAUGUGUAUUAAUGUUUAGGCACAAUUUUCACCCUUUUGUUACUUAUUCAGUAGAAAGUAUUGUUCAGGGUGACUAUUAUGAGUUCAUCUGACUAUUUUAAUGACCUUCUCAGAAAUUCUUUAUUAAUUUGAACUCUAUCAUUGAUAAAUACAGUAAAGGAAUUGAAAUAGUCAUCUUUAUCCAAACACUUUAUUAGAGAGAACAUAAAAUAACCUUUUUAGAUGUUGAAUUGAACUAUCAAUACUUAUCUCUGCUAAAGGUUUGUUUGUAUUUAGAACCUUUUAUGUUGGUCAUGUAAAAACCUUUUACAAAAGUGACCAAAACUGUAAUCUGUACAUUUUUCUUAAACGAAUAAAAGGAAAAAGCACAACCAA